CUGUGUAAAAAUGUUGCUUUCCAUUGAAGAGAAAAGACAAUUAAAUGCAACAAUUAAAAACUUUUUCCCAAAAUGCAGAGUGAGAUAGCACAACUGUAAUCUCACAGGUUUUUAUCUUCCCACCUGCAAAGCUUGACUUUUACUGAAACCUAGAAGAGACUUUUAUCCUGUUACAGGCUCUUGGAACAUUGUUUUGCAAGAACUGUAUCAUUUGCCAGUCACGGUGACUCUGUCAGUCACAUUGAAAAGAAUAUUACGUUGCCUUUCAUUGCAACCCCAGGCAUGUGCCCCUGCUAUUGACACUAACAAUUUGACUUUGUGUGCAGUCAUUUUUAGUUUUGGAAGUUGCUUUUUUGUCUUUUUUUAUGGUAGGCUAUAGGUGAAAACCCUAGCAGUAAAUUUAAUAACAGUCUGUCAUAGCAUUUGUACAACAAAUCUUUCUGCCAAAAAGGCAAAAUCGCAAAGGUUUCCUUAAAAAAAAAAAAAAAAACCAACAAAAAUACAGGCAGAAAUGCUCUGCAAAGAUCUCCAGUGGACCUAAAUUUGCAGUGGGUCAUUUUCAUUUACAGCAUGGUAUUGCCUGGAAGAGGAUGUGUGGAAGUCUAUAGCUUUAGUUGUGUGUCAGAGGUAAAAUUUUGUGUGUAACCUAUCCCAUGUCAGGUGAGUGAGGCCAGAAAAUAACCAAUCAUUUCUGACCACCACUUAUGACCGUACCAUGUUUACUUCUGGCACCAUGGAGUAAAUCACUGAAGAAACAGAAGAAAGGAAACACCUUAAAUCUCUCAGUCCAGCCAGGGAGCCCAGCAAAGAACUAGAGAACAGCACUUGAAAUCCUUCAAAUUUUCCCAGAAGAGGCUCUGCAGCUUCAGGUGGCACACGUUGGAGACAGUGUAACCUCGUUGUAGCUAACAGACAACUUCAAGCCAAGUUACUAAAAGGAAAGUAUUUGAUUUUGCAAGGAAUGAGAGCUUUGGGGUAAGGCAAAGGGAAACUUUUGAAAAGUUUCCUAAAUUAUGUUACAGACAGACACGGUAUUACAAACCGGAAAUGUAAGUAUAUGAGAGAAACUAGAUCUGAUUUUAAAUAAACAAGAAAACAAUUGUGAGAUAAUAAUAAACUGUCAAGUGUGCAAAAUGUAGUGUCGUGCAUGCAAUCGAUUGGGAGGAGUGCAGAGGUCACAUACAAAUUGCAAAGAAAUAGCAGUGCUUUGGAGGUCUGGCACUGUUAUCCUGACACCCAAGUGGUGUUCUUCUCAAAGGAAAGGACCAAAAGGCAAAUUAGCUCCAAAAAAACCCCCAAUGGAAGCCCAUUAACCCACCUUUUACUUUCUAAAUACUCCAUCUCUGUGUUCCUGCACUUAUCAAAUCCCACAGACUGUGGCCUGCUUGUUUUGUUAAAGGGUUAUUUAACAAAACUUUGGAGAAUUCCAUGAAAAUGCAUCGGUGCAUUCUGCCUUCCUGCCAGCCUCUAUUCCCAUCUCUGCCCCAGCCUGGCUAUGCCAAUGAGCAACCGUGCGUGCAGUGAAAUGCUGCUCAGCAGGAAGCAAAGCAAAAGGAGUUAGCUUCAAGGUUUUUGCUCUGUUUACUAUCUGGGUGGACAAAACAAUCAGGAUGGCUUCUACAAGUAAAAGAAAUUCUGCAGUGAGAACUCAAAAUACCUUUUGCCCUGAAGGUGAAGUCUACAAGCACGGAUUCUUCAUCAAAUCACCACCUCUUCAACUUUUUGGCUCACAGAAUUCCUGGAAGAGGCGUUUUUUCAUCCUGUCCAAAUCCAGCAAGGGCAAUUACAUCCUGAAAUAUCUAAAAGGCCAGAACAUAAAAGGCUCCAUAGCUGUUGAUCAAAUCAUAAGUACCGAAGUUGGCAUAAGCAAUUCUGAAAUUAUGGAAACAGUAAGGAAGAUGUUUAAAUGCCUUCCUGAACAGGUGAUGUCCAUCAGUACUGGAAACAGAUGUUACUACCUCAUUGGGAGCAGCAGGCAGGAAACAGAGGAUUGGGUCACUGUGAUAUCUUCGAUCUGCAGGGAGGCCAAAAGAGGUGGAUGCUGCCCUCAGAACCAAGAUCUUCCAAAUCCAGAAGUCAGAAGCCGGCCCUCCUCUUUGCCAGUAUUCUUGAAUUCUGUAGAUAUGACCAGUUUCCCGGAAAGCCAAAGCUGCCAGAAGGAGAAUGGUUCCUCAGAAGACAAGAACAGGCCCAGUUCAGAUCCUGGCCCUCAUCAGGCUCAGUGUGACUCACCAAGAGGAGUUUUUCCAAGCCUGGAUAAAAAUCUGGGAAAGAGUAAGGAAAAUCUGCUGUCAUCAGAUACAGAUGAAGACAUCAAAAAGGACGAAGAAGAUUAUUACCAAACUCCCAGCAAUAUUUUAGCAAAGUGUUUCCAGCAGUGCACUACUGAAGUAUCAAAGCCUGACCCUACAGCUGAGUCUGAGGUCCCUGUGCAAGAGAAGCCAGUGCAGAAGAACCCAAUAAAGGACAACAUUUAUAUGUCAAUGAAAUCACUUAGGUUGCUGGAUGAGAGUUGUCAGCUCAUGUGCAGAUGUGAUGGGGUCCCAUCUCCCCCCAAAUGCCAGGACAACAGUGCAUGUCCAAAAGACUUGGAAGCAAACAGAGACCUAAAAUUCCCAGAAAGCAGCACCAGUCAGCAGCCAACUCUCCAGAGAAGGAAAAAUUCAUUACCACUUUCGUUGGUUCAGUUGUCUAUACUGCUCAGUCAAGUUACAGAUGAGACCCAGCUGCAGAAUUUGGAUAUUUUCAUCCCCCUGGCUGAUAUUAACAGCUACCUAAAACUUACUGAAGCAGCAGGACAAAUAUGUAUCUCACAGUGGACUGGUCCUUGCCGACUGGGAUGUUUGUUUAAUCACGGAGACCAUAUAGUGGCUGUGAAUGAUCUGCAACCCCAGAACGUGGAGGAGGCUUACUUCUUCAUCAGCAGGUCCACAAGAAAGGAGGUGAAACUUACUGUAUGUCGGAUUCCACAUUCAGAUAUCUUCCAUGCUAAAGGCUGCUCAUGUUCCUGAAAAAAAAGACUUCAAUAAUUAAGUAAGUGUCAAAGUUCAAGGGAAAAUAUUGGGGGAAGAAUGUGAUAUAUAGUGUAUGCAGGUAAUCUUUAUCCUUUAGAGGUGCCAGACAUCUUUUGUUGCUGAAGUACAAAGAAUAGAGAAUGUGGAUUUCAUUUUCAUUUUAUGUCCUAAUAACUUGUUUUGUUGACAUGGAUGGCAUGGGUUUGGCUUGUAUUUCAUGUUGGCAUGUACUUCAGUUACAUCAAAAAAACUGAGGGUCAAAUCAUUUAUGAAACCUUUGCACUGUGUAUACUUUGUACUUCAGCAGAAAGUACUGGUUCACUCUUCUGCUUGCCUCUUUACACUGAGUUACAUUGAUUUAUACUGAACUCCUAAUCAGUUAGAGGUGUGGAAACAAACUACAUUUGGACCAAAGCCAUGUUUUCCCUUGUUUCCUCUCAGCUACAGAAAGGCAAAGGCAAGCUGAGAGCUGUAGUGUUGGAGGGAAGACUGGUAAAUAAAGUGUUGUGUAGUGAUUCAGUGGGGCCUCCUUUUGUGUUAUGCCCCUCUUGCGUUACAGCCACAAAAAUACAUUCAAGGGAUGACAGGAAAAAGAGCUGGUUGGAGAAAAGGAAUGUGGCUGGAGCACCUUUUUGUUCAUUGGCAGCCAAAAUAAGCCCUACGUGAAGAAUGAAUGAAUGGAUUUGGGAGAGAGGAGGGCUGACCUGCUCUGUUGAAGUGUUACUGGUAAAGACAGCUGGGAAAACCAGAGAGACAAAUUAUGUAUAUGAAAGCAUGUGCACUCAGCCCAACACAAACGGAUCACUGAAAGAGUUUUGAUGCUACCAAGUACUACCGUAGGGAUGUCAUGGGUA